CGCGGGAAAACGCACACUAGUUCUAGCUUCAGCCUCUACCUAAGAUCAGAGAACAGGAUUUUCUUCCUUCGUUUUGCUCUUCAACUUCACAUAACUUCCCAACUUCGCCAGAAAACUCGCCGAUCUCCUGCCACCAAUGAACGGCGAUGCCCGGAGACGCGACCGGAGGGACAACCCCAAGAGGUCGAAGAAGCAGAAGCUGAUUUGCAGUGCAGAGGAAGAACUUGAGGCCAGAUUAGGGUUCGAUCUCUUCUCUGAGGGCGAAAAGCGUCUUGGAUGGUUGCUCAAUUUUGCAUCUUCUUCUUGUGAGGAUGAAGAGACCCACAAAGUCUACAGUUGCGUCGAUCUUUACUUUGUUACACAGGAUGGAUCUUCCUUCAAGACUAAAUACAGAUUUCGUCCUUAUUUCUACGCAGCUACAAAGAAUAAAAUGGAGAUGGAUGUUGAAGCAUACCUGAGGCGCCGUUAUGAAACUCAGAUUGCAGACAUUGAAAUUAUAGAGAAAGAAGACCUGGAUCUUAAAAAUCAUUUGUCUGGCUUAAGAAAACCUUAUCUAAAGCUAUCAUUUGAUACCGUGCAACAAUUGAUGACUGUAAAGAGUGACCUGAUGCAUGUUGUUGAAAGAAAUCAGGCAAAGUCUGAUGCUGCAGAAGCCUAUGAGUCCAUAUUGACUGAAAGAAGAGAACAAAAACCACAGGACUUUAUAGAUUGCAUAAUUGAUCUCCGUGAAUAUGAUGUUCCUUAUCAUGUUCGCUUUGCCAUUGACAAUGAUAUACGCUCUGGCCAGUGGUAUGAUGUUUGCGUGUCCAGUACUGGGGUUACACUUGAGAAGAGAACAGAUCUUCUGCAGCGUGCCGAAGUUCGUGUUUGUGCAUUUGACAUUGAGACCACAAAACUUCCACUCAAAUUUCCUGAUGCUGACUAUGAUUUGAUUAUGAUGAUUUCAUACAUGGUAGAUGGACAAGGGUAUUUAAUCACAAAUAGAGAGUGUGUUGGUGAUGACAUAGAGGAUUUAGAGUACACUCCUAAACCAGAGUUUGAAGGCUGUUUUAAGGUUACAAAUGUUCAAAAUGAGAUUGAACUUCUUAGAUUAUGGUUUUCUCACAUGCAAGAGGUGAAACCUGGUAUUUAUGUGACGUAUAAUGGUGAUUUUUUUGAUUGGCCAUUCCUUGAGAAAAGGGCAGAACAUCAUGGGUUCAAAAUGAGUGAGGAAUUGGGGUUUCAGUGUGACAAGAAUCAAGGGGAAUGUCGUGCUAAAUAUGCUUGUCAUUUAGAUUGUUUUGCUUGGGUUAAACGGGACAGUUAUCUCCCUCAAGGAAGCCAAGGCCUAAAGGCUGUUACAAAAGCAAAGUUGGGUUAUGAUCCCUUGGAGGUGAACCCUGAGGAUAUGGUUUGCUUUGCAAAGGAAAAGCCUCAGACAAUGGCUUCCUAUUCCGUUUCUGAUGCAGUGGCAACUUAUUACUUAUAUACAACUUAUGUUCAUCCCUUUAUUUUCUCCCUUGCUACUAUUAUACCCAUGUCACCAGAUGAAGUCUUGCGCAAAGGCAGUGGGACCCUCUGUGAAAUGUUGCUCAUGGUUCAGGCAUACAAAGCGAAUGUUAUAUCUCCUAACAAACACCAAUCCGACCCAGAGAAGUUUUAUAACAAUCAUCUUCUUGAGAGUGAGACAUACAUAGGUGGCCAUGUAGAAUGCCUAGAAAGUGGUGUUUUCAGGUCUGAUAUUCCAACUAGUUUUACACUAGAGUCAUCUGCCUAUGAGCAAUUGAUCAACAAUCUUGAUAGAGAUCUACAGUAUGCUAUAAGAGUAGAGGGUAAAAUGGAUUUGGAAUCUGUCUCUAAUUAUGAUGAAGUAAAGAAUGCCAUCAUGGAAAAGCUUUCAAAAUUACGAGAUGUUCCAAUACGUGAAGAAUGCCCCCUCAUUUAUCAUCUAGAUGUAGCUGCUAUGUAUCCAAACAUAAUUUUGACAAAUCGACUUCAGCCACCGUCAAUUGUUUCAGAUGAGGUUUGCACUGCAUGUGAUUUCAACCGUCCUGGAAAGACAUGUCUACGCAAACUUGAGUGGGUUUGGCGUGGAGAAACAUUCAUGGCAAAGAAAAGUGACUAUUAUCAUAUAAAGAAGCAGAUUGAGUCCGAUUUUGUUGAUGGUGCUAACGUGAGGUUAUCAAAAUCUUUUCUUGACCUGCCCAAGGCAGAGCAACAAUUAAGGCUGAAAGACCGUUUAAAGAAAUACUGCCAGAAGGCAUACAAGCGUGUUCUUAACAAACCAGUUACAGAACUCCGUGAAGCAGGAAUCUGCAUGCGUGAAAAUCCAUUUUAUGUUGACACUGUUCGCAGUUUCCGAGAUAGAAGAUAUGAAUAUAAAGGCCUUAAUAAGGUUUGGAAGGGAAAACUUUCAGAAGCCAAGGGCAGUGGAAAUCCUAUGAAGAUCCAGGAAGCACAAGACAUGGUUGUGCUUUAUGAUUCAUUGCAACUUGCUCACAAGUGUAUACUUAAUUCCUUUUAUGGAUAUGUUAUGCGCAAGGGUGCUAGAUGGUACUCCAUGGAAAUGGCUGGAGUAGUCACAUAUACAGGAGCAAAAAUAAUUCAGAAUGCCCGCUUGCUGGUAGAAAAAAUAGGGAAACCACUUGAACUAGAUACUGAUGGUAUCUGGUGUGCACUUCCUGGGUCUUUUCCAGAAAAUUUUACUUUUAAAACAAAAGAUUCGAAAAGGAAGUUGACAAUCUCAUACCCUUGUGUAAUGCUAAAUGUUGAUGUGGCAAUCAAUAAUACAAAUGAUCAGUACCAGACACUCACAGAUCCAAUAAGGAAAACAUAUACUACCCGUAGCGAAUGCUCUAUAGAAUUUGAGGUGGAUGGACCAUACAAGGCAAUGAUUCUUCCUGCUUCCAAAGAAGAAGGAAUUUUAAUUAAAAAACGAUAUGCUGUUUUUAAUGAUGAUGGAACCCUUGCAGAGCUUAAAGGUUUUGAGAUCAAGCGAAGAGGUGAACUGAAACUAAUAAAAGUUUUCCAGGCUGAGCUAUUUGACAAGUUUCUCCAUGGCUCAACCUUAGAUGAAUGCUAUUCAGCUGUUGCUGCUGUGGCAAAUCGCUGGCUUGAUCUUCUUGAUAACCAAGGGAAGGAUAUUACAGACAGUGAGUUGCUUGAUUACAUCUCAGAAUCAAGUACCAUGAGCAAGUCAUUAGCUGAUUACGGUGAGCAAAAAUCUUGUGCUGUCACCACUGCCAAACGUCUUGCCGACUUUCUUGGUGAUACAAUGGUCAAAGAUAAAGGUCUUCGAUGUCAGUACAUAGUAGCAAGUGAACCUAAGGGAACACCUGUAAGCGAGCGUGCUAUUCCUGUUGCAAUAUUUGAAACAAAAGCUGAAGUAAUGAAGUACUAUGUUCGAAGAUGGUGCAAGGCCUCAUCAGAUGUUGGCAUUCGGUCCAUAGUUGACUGGUCCUACUACAAGCAGCGGCUUUCUUCAGCAAUUCAAAAAAUUGUCACAAUUCCCGCUGCCAUGCAAAAGAUUGCAAAUCCUGUUCCUCGGGUAGCUCAUCCGGAUUGGUUGCAUAAGAAAGUUCGUGAAAAAGAGGACAAGUUUCGUCAACGAAAAUUAGUUGAUGUCUUUAACUCAUUUAAAAGGGAUGAUCGCUCAAAAAGGAAUAGUGAUUCUAAUGGUGUCAGCCUUAUGGCUGAUGAAGAGACUGUGAUUGACUUGGAGGAUUUUGGAAACAAGGCCAGGAAUUUGCCAAUUGGUCCUAGACCAAUUAUACGGCAUUAUAAAGCUAAUAAUGAAGGGAAUUCAAUUAAGCUCAGUGGUCAUGGAAAUUCUGAGCAACAACAUAUUGAUAAUAGCAGCAAGGACGAGUCACUUUCACUUUUUCAACAAAAGGAAAUAUCAUCUGAAAUUGUAGACAGAAAUGUUGAUUAUCAAGGAUGGCUUGAAAUAAAGAAGAGAAAGUGGAAAAGUAUCCUGGAAAAGAGAAAAAAGCGAAGAUUGGAGAAUUCAAAGAAAGCUGAUAGGAUGAAUGAUGUUCCUGAACAAAUGAAUGGUACAACUGGUAGAACAAAUGUCAGUUCAUAUUUUAGAACGAAUGAAGUAGCCCUGAAGCAGUACCAUUGGCAGAUAAUACAACUACUUCAGAGCUCACAGAUUGGCCAAUUUUUUGCCUGGGUAGUUGUUGAUGGGAUUAUGCUUAAGAUUCCUGUUUCGGUUCCUAGAGUCUUUUACCUCAACUCAAGAUCACCAGUUACUGAAGAAUUUCUUGGCAAAAGCGUCAAGAAGACACUUCCUCAUGGAAAGCAAAGUUAUAAUCUGUAUGAGGUUUCAAUUGACGAAGUUCAAUUUAAGGAAGCAAGCAAAAAACUUGCAGCUCUUCUAGCAGAUCCUGAUGUUGAGGGAAUAUAUGAAACUAAGGUGCCACUGGAGUUUAAUGCUAUAGUCCAGCUUGGUUGUGUAUGUAAGGUGGACAAAAGUGCCAAACAAAGAAGUCUACAAGACUCAUGGAAUUUGAGUGAAUUGCACAUGAAGACCACAACCGAAUGUUCUUAUCUCGAACAAUUGAUAUCCUUUUUUUACUUGUAUCAUAGUAUCUCUGAGGGACGGGCUAUAUACGUUGGAUAUUUUCCAGCAUCAAAAGCAAUAACAGUCGUGGUAGUUAAUCCAUAUCAAAACAAGGAUUUAUCACUGGCUUAUCUUGAAAGACAGUUUCACGAUGCAUGCCAAGCUUUGUCUAUUCAGCCACCUCCCCGGAAUAGCAUUAGUUUUAAGGUGGACUAUGUUUCACAUGUCAAGGAUGCUGAAACUUUGAUGCAAAGAGCAAUAAAUGAUCGCAGGAAUGAAUAUCAUGGACCUAUGGUUGCUAUCAUUGAAUGCCCAAAUGUUCAACUUUUGAAAUUGGGUAUUCGAUCUCUAGAUGAUUUUCCAUGCCUGAGUAUUCCUUGUAAUGCCCGUGAUAGUCAAUAUCAGAUUCUUGGAUGGCAACAAGUUGCUGGAAAAAUUGGAAUGCAACGUUGUGCUGCAUCAGGCCAAUGGCUAAAUGAGAGAAUUGCUCUCUCAAGAUAUGCCCAUGUACCACUUGGGAAUUUUGAACUUGACUGGCUUAUAUUUACAGCAGAUACCUUCUUCUCAAGAGCUUUGCGUGAUAGUCAACAGGUACUUUGGAUAUCGGAUGGCGGUCUUCCUGAUUUAGGUGGCAUUAAUGAUGAAGAGACCUGUUUUCUUGACGAGGUCCACCAACCUGUUCUUACAUAUCCUGGAGCUUACAGAAAAGUUACUGUUGAGUUAAAGAUACACCACCUAGCUGUGGAUGCCCUUUUAAAAAGCAACCAAGUCAAUGAAAUGGAAGGAGGCGCUUUAUUAGGAUUCGAUAAUGAAUUUAAUUCUGGAGCUAAUCCCACUAUUGAUCAGAGUGGCUUUGAUGAGGCUGCCUCAUGUACACAUGCCUUUCGAAUCCUGAAACAAUUGAUUCAGCGGUGCCUUGCAGAUGCAGUUACAUCUCAAAACACAUAUGCGGAUGCAAUGUUGCAACAUCUGUAUCGAUGGCUUUGCAGCCCUCAGUCAAAACUUCACGAUCCAGCUCUUCACCAGCUACUUCACAAGGUCAUGCAAAAAGUGUUUGCAAUGUUGUUGGCAGAGUUCCGCAAGUUGGGUGCAACAAUUGUAUUUGCAAACUUCUCAAAGAUUAUUAUCGACACAGGGAAAUAUGAUCUUGCUGCAGCCAAAGCUUACUGUGACAGUUUGUUAAGAACUAUACAGUCUAGAGACUUAUUUGAAUGGAUUGAGUUGGAACCACUUCAGUUUUGGCGGUCAUUGCUAUUCAUGGAUCAGUAUAACUAUGGCGGAAUACCAGCAAAAUCAGAUGAAUCUCAAGUUGACAUUAUAUCAAGCUGGAAUAUUGCUGAGUACUUGCCAAAGAAAAUCCAGGAUCAUUUCAUUGUCAUUGUUUCUCAAUUCUUGUAUAUUCCUUGGAGCUAUGCACAAAAGCAAGCAGGAAUCAGGGAAUCAAUGCUGAAUGGUGAUUCCUGCACCCCAUCGAUUAACAUUGGAGCUGCAGAGGCUUUGGAAUCAGAAAUGAUAGAAUAUAUCAAAGAACAGAUCAGCUCUUACUUCACAGACAAUCUUUUGCGAAUUGUUCGUGAUAUUGUUCUUCACAUGAAAGGGGCAAGCAAAUCAGAAGAUGACCCAAGUACAUCAUCUGGCCUUCCUCAAAUUGUGGGUGAUCAACAUAGAGGGGAUGCAUCCUUGGAAUUUAUCAAGCAUGUCUGUGCUGUGUUGGCCCUCGACCAAAGUGUGCAGCAUGAUGUGUUGGUCAUGAGAAAGAAUUUGUUAAAAUAUGUUCGUGUUAGAGAGUUUGCUCCAGAAGCUGAGUUUCGUGAUCCAUGUCAUUCCUUCACCCUAUCCAAUGUCAUUUGCAGCUAUUGUAAUGACUGCAGAGACUUGGACUUGUGCCGUGACUCGGCUUUAUUGAAUCAGGAGUGGCGUUGUGCGGUGCCACAGUGUGGGCAGCCUUAUGACCGCGAGGUGAUGGAGAAUGCGCUUCUUCAGAUCGUACGACAAAGAGAGCGGCUUUACCACCUUCAAGAUCUGGUGUGCCUCAGGUGCAACCAGGUCAAAGCUGCACAUUUGUCUGAGCAGUGUGCUUGUGCUGGCUCAUUUAGGUGCAAGGAAGACGUUACUGAAUUUCGCUCAAAGAUGCAGGUUUUCUUCAACAUAGCUUUUCGUCAGAAAUUCCAACUUCUCCAGGAAUGUACCUCUUGGAUUUUAGAACUUAGAUUGUAAAUAUUUCAACAAAACACCUAGGAACUAAAUGUGCACAGGGAUGUGCUCGGGUGGCACUGUUGUAACCAAUUCUUUUAUUCUUGUUACAUGCAUGCAUGAUGUGAAAUGUGUAUAUGAAAUGUUUAUCGUCAUCAAUUUAGCUUAGAAGCGUAUCAAGCUUCAGCCUUCAAUGGAAUCCUUUCAAACAAUUGAUAUAUGACGAAA